AUGACCAACAACUACAUCGUCACUGAGGGUGCUCCCUCCACCACCACCUACAUGCGCUGUGGCCGAGGCGGCGCUGGCAACACCUACCGAGUGAGCUCCUCCUCGGCUUCCAGGUCGUCUGCCCCUUCUGCCCAGACUCCCGCCCGUCGAUUCUUCUCCGGCGUUGGCGGAGCUGGCAACGUCCACGAGGCCAGCGAGCGCCCCACCGUCUCCCUCGACGACGAGGUCCGCCGCCUCGCCGCCCAGGAGGACCAGUCCAUCGGCCACUGCGGCAUCGGCGGUGCCGGCAACGUCUACAGACGCAAGGCCAGCGACGCCUCCUCCGCCAUCAGCGACGACGCCCGAAGCUCCUUCAGCACUUCCAGCUCUGGUGCCAAGAUCUGGGCGCAGGUCCGAAACAGCUUCAGCCACCACUAA